UUGAAAAGCGUGAGAGUUUGUCGAUCACCUCAAACUGAAUCUAUUCAGAGCUUAUUUCCAAUCACCAUUACGAGUGUCUCCACCGAGGUGGUCAUAAAAGGUGUCCCAUCAGACAAUCUCCUCUCACCGGAUCAAACUUCAACUGGAUUCAUUGAGUCUCCCAGGUACCCAGACGCAUAUCCUCGUGCGCUUGAAAAGAAGUACACCCUGACAAAUCUGAAAAAGAACGGCUAUGUUCGCCUCGUGUUCGACGAUUUCCAUGUGCACUUUCAGAGCGAAAUGCAGCCUAGCGUUGCAGCUAACAAUACCUUCUAUGGGAUCUAUAUGCUGGAGAUUCCGCCAGUUCCGAGUAUGGAGAAAAAGAGAUGGUACCAGGAACCUCAGGAACCGUAUGAACUCGGGCAGAAUGUCCAACCUGACGUAUAG